CUACCAUUGCGGGCGGCGGGAAUUGCUGGACGAGCGAUGCAGCAGUGCCUGCAGGUACAUGUACGCAUGACGGUCAAUCUGCGUGAUCGCCGCGAGACCCCGAGCAAAUCCACCUGCAUGCUUACUACAGCCACAACUUUGUUUUCCUCUUGAGCGCGGGCGAAAAGACUGCACUGCCGUCGCGUCGUCGUGGCCCUUUCUGCCACCAUGACCGGCACUUCUGCCAUCGACCGGUCUCGCUCCUUCGUGAGAACGUUGAUCGACUAUGGCAGCGGGCGACUCAAGAUCGCCGUGCAAUUCGUCCGCCCGGGCGAAUCCGUACACGAUGUCGAAUCCGUCAACGUCGAAUUUGAAGGCUCCAGAAAUGAGAUGGAGCAAGUCAUGGUGAUGGACGAUGCCCGAGGUCUCAUCACCGGCAAGAUCGAGACGCAGCAGUGGAUCGAGGAACAGCAAUGCGCCGAAGCUGCCAUCUUCUUGUGGAAGCUCUGCCUGUCUCCAGAGCAUCAGAACAGUGCGCUGGUGACACGAGUGUACAGAGCAAUCGGCGCGGAAUUCGGCGACAUCGCUGCCAUCGAAGAGCUCAUCUGCGACCAUCUGAAGGUCAUCCGCCAACAAAUCCUCUCCUUCCUGAGAAGUGAAGCGACUGGCUAUCACUGCGGCGCGCAAACUCACGCCAGGGGAUGCAAGUGUCAUAUCCCAGAUGAUAUCCAGAUUGAAUCAACCAUCACCAUACCAGUAGCCUGGAACAGUGCUGCCCGUGGCAUCAUGAUUGACGCCGCCAUCGCCGCUGGCUUCUCCAACAUUCGAUUGCAAUAUGAGCCGAUUUGCGCCGCUGCAAGCGAUCUACCGAAGAUGCGACAACAGAACGUUAUCAAGGACGAUGAUCUGGUCUGCUGUGCGGAUGGAGGACAUGGCACCAUGGACGUCGUCACUAUCCACACGAGGCGCUGUGCUUACAGCGCAAGUCGCUUUGCCAUCAAUGUUGUGGGCACGCCGACCGGUGGUCUUGCGGGAGCUCACAAUGUUGAAUUGCAAGCUCUGAACUAUGUUGUGAGAUGCCCUGAAAUCCGAAAGUACGGUGACCUCUCAAAUGCUUGCGCUGUGCUCGGCGACCUAUCGGUGAACGACUUCCAACGGCAAUUGUACGACCAGAUCGGGUAUCUGAAGGAGCAGGACCCUAUACCCGCCAGAAACACCGUCGUCAUCAGCGGAACCGCAGGCUCUGCUGCAGCUGGCUGCAUCAGCGAGCUUUCCAUCUCUCUUGACAGAGAACGAAUGAUCUCAUUCAUAAUCGAGUGGGCAAAGCUUGCUUAUGCCGUCAUCGCAGAGCACCUUGGACAGCCGGCGAACAGAAAUUGCUACUUUCAGGAGGCAUCUCCAAGUGUCGUCUCGUGAUCAACUAUCUGAAAGAGAAAUUGCUGAAGAACUUCUCCAUCGAAGACGUGUGGUGUUCAAAAUCCAUCAACCCGGUUGCGAAAGGCGGCCUCAUACAGUAUCCCCACAACGAGCCUGAUCGACUUCCGACCGGCUCCAUCUUCUUGGUGCGCCAUGAGGAAUGGGAUCCCGAAGUCCACAAGCUGGGCACCGUCUGGGUCAAAGUCUGGGCUCAUGAGCAAGAGAGCAAGAUCUACGCAGGCAAUGAGCUGAAUAAGCAACGCUUUCCCAAAGCCGCCCUGGAUUUUGCUGAAUGGAAAGAUGUUGCUGGUACCAAGUUUUCUGGACGCAAGGCGUCUGCAAGAAACCCAAAGGCGUUGUCGUACACUGGUAGCGACCCUCUGCCUGAUCCGACAUGGGUGUCACGGAGCGAACACGAUCCAACGGAGCUUCUCGCCACGGAGAGGCUUGUACCUAUCAUGAGGGUUGAAGACUCGAUGACAGCGUCGGAGCCAAUCCCAUGGAUUGCCUUGGUUGAUGCCUCGAUCCCUGCCCGCCUUGGAGGCUUACGUUUCGACAUGUACUACAGCAAGCCGGGCCAAGCAGUCACGAAGCAUAGUCCUCUUCGAGACGCCCAGGGCCGGAUUCGGAAGCAGCUCGAGCUUUUUCCACCAAAAUAUAUCAAGCUUCCUGAUCUUGCGAAGAAGGGGUUCGGAGUGAAACAGCUUGGAGGAACACCAUUCUACGAGUGCAAGUGCAUUGUUAGCACCGACGUCGCAGAAGGCAGUCUCAAGCUGCGCGUGAAGGUGCUGGCGCCGGACGAAGAUUACAUCUACGUUGGAAGCUCUGGAGAUGUGGACGUGCAUCACGACUAUCGACUCGCAUUUCCUCCACUGAUUAAAGACAUUUGGGGCACUUACUCCUCACAUGUGGUUGAUGAUAAGCCCGAACAUGAUGAGAAGCCGCCGAGGAAAAAGCAGAAACAGAAGCAGAAACGAGCAGCAGUAGCCACCGUGCAGGCCGCUGCUCCUAAGAUGACUCGAUCGCGUGCGAAGCACACGCCUGCCGCUGCCGCUGCCGCUGCCGCUGCCGCUGCCGCUGCUCCUGCUCCUGCUCCAUCUGACAGCGCUUCUGCGUCAGCCGCGUCAGCUGCCGUUCUCACAACCUCGAUCUCCUCCAGCACCGAAGAAUCCUCAACGCCUACAACCAUCCAUCAAUCACCGCACAGCUCGCAUACAUCUAUCAGCGCUCAGCAACGAAGCUCGCAGACGAGGAACUCGUCGCGCACAGGUUCCAUGAACAGCGAAGACCUUCGUACCUCGGCCGCCGCGUUGGCGCUUCAGAUGUUGGCCACAAAAUAGAUAGGUGGGAAAGUGAAGAAUUUUGCAUGUCGGCAUCUGAAUCAUGUGGCGGUUUUGUCUUGCUGUGUUUCAGCAGAAGAAGAAGAAGAAGUGGAAUUUGGAAUGGAGCAUGCAUGGAGCCGACGCAACCGCCUGAAAUGUUGGGUACUAGGUAGCUACUGUACUAGCCGCGCGCGCUGCAAGGGCAAGCGUAGAAACAUUGUUUAACAUGUCUACUAUGAAAUGAGAACUUCGUAAUAUAUAGGUAUCUAUAAGUGCUGAUAUUUAAGCUUUGCGCU